UGCCUCUCUCUCCACGAUGAACUGGUCCUCCUCUCUGUUUCCUUCUCUCUCCCCGCAACGUCACCUCUCUCUCUCUCUCUCCAUCCCUCUAAAAGAUUCCAUCUUGAUAGAUGAAAGCUUACAGAGACAUUUCCAUUGAUAAUGGUUUCCACUUGUGCCGGCGAGCCGGCUUUUUGGGGCAUUUCGUUUCUUUAGCUCUUGCUUCAGAGCAAGGGAACGUUCCUCUCUUUGCGGUCAAUUCCUUACAAAAUGGGCUUUACUCAAUCGAACCCACUUCUUAUAAUCCUCUGCAAAUCCAUUUUUGCAGUGGAAAAAUCUUUGGCUUCUUUGGGUUUUCAGAGUAAGCUUCAAAAACCCAGAAAUGGGGGAUUCAGAGGAAUUAUUUCGGGAAGAUGGUUUCCACGUUUCUUCAGACCCCAUUGUGCUAGAGCUCAACCGGUUGGAGAACCAUUUGAAAGAUAACGAUCGAGAAUUGGGAAUAGCUCAUGCUGAAAUCAAGGCCUUGAAAGUGACAGAACGUCUGAAAGAGAAAGCAGUGGAAGAGCUCAAUGAUGAUCUGAAAAAACUUGAUGAGAAACUUAGAUUUACUGAAAAUCUUCUUGAAGACAAGAAUCUUGAAAUAAAGAAGUUGGUUAGUGAGAGGAGAGAUGCAUUGGCAGCACAAUUUGCAGCUGAAGCAACUCUUCGUAGAGUACAUGCAAAUCAGAAGGAUGAGGAUUACAUUCCACUUGACGCUGUCCUUGCUCCUAUGGAGUCUGAGAUCAGAAUGUGCCGGAAUGAGAUUUCAGUACUCCAAGAAGAUAAGAAGGCUUUAGAGCGCCUUACCAAAUCAAAGGAGUUGGCAUUACUAGAGACUGAGAGGAUGCUGAAAAUUGCAAUAGAGAGAGCAUUGUUGGUGGAAGAUCUUCAAAACCAGAAUUUGGAGUUGAAGAGACAGAUUGAUAUUUGCCAGCAGGAAGAGAAUAGAAUUCUAGAUAAAGCCAACCGUCAGAAGGUUGCAGAAGUUGAAAAGCUUAGCCAAACCAUACAUGAAUUGGAGGAAUCUAUUCUUGCAGGUGGUGCAGCUGCGAAUGCUGUACGCGAUUACCAGCGCCAGAUUCUUGAAAUGAAUGAAGAGAGGAGGACACUUGAGAGGGAACUCGCGAGGGUUAAGAUUUUAGCAAAUCGAGUUGCUACUGUGGUAGCGAAUGAGUGGAAGGAUGAUAAUGACAAGGUCAUGCCUGUGAAGCAAUGGCUGGAAGAGCGGAAGGUUUUGCAGGGGGAGAUACAAAGGCUACGAGACAAGCUUAAUGUUUCAGAACGAACUGCUAAGGCUGAAUCUCAGCUAAAAGACAAAUUUAAAUUGAGGUUAAAGACCUUGGAAGAAGGCUUAAAGCAAGUCACAACUUCAUCUCCUAAUACUGAGGGCUCACAUUUGAAACAAACUGUAAAACCUGAGCCUGUAUUAGGAUACUUGUCGAGUAAUAUGGGACCAAGAAAGAGAUCACAAUCUCAACCAAGGGCUUCAUUUAAUGCAGAGCAAAGUACUGUUCAGCAAAGACCAAAUGUCACAUCUGAAAAUUCCAACUCAAACAGAACCUUGGAACAUGUGAAUAGCUUGAAAUAUAAAUAUAUUUCUGGGAAAAAUCUGGUGAAAAAGAAUUUGUGGGCACCAAGGAACAAAUUGGUAGAUGAUGUUGGCAAGGAGAACUCAGAAAGAAAGGAGGAUGUAGGUUUAGAAGAGUUUGCUUCAGUUGGGCCUGAAGUUUCGAAGGAUUUCUCUGCUGAGGCUCAUAGUAUGCAAAGUACCCCAGAGAAGGAUGAUUUGAAUGUUGAUUGUGAAGAUAUUGUUUCUGGAUUUCUUUAUGAUAAGUUGCAAAAGGAGGUGCUUAAUUUAAGGAAAUCUUCUCAGGAGAAAGACGGGCUUUUAACUGCUAAAGAUGAAGAAAUCAAGAUGCUUGUUAAGAAGAUUGACACUCUAACAAAGGCUAUGGAAACUGAAUUGAAGAAGAUGCGAAGAGAAUCUGCUUCCAAAGAGAGGGAAUUAACCCCGAGGAGGGUUCAAAAGGACCCAUUACACAAAAGCAGUACCAUGAUUAUCUCUAAAAGGGCUGUAAAAAGUGUCGAAGUUUCUUGUAAUUCAAGAGGUUAAAGUGGUGUUUAGAUCUGUUACCAUCAUCCAUAUACCAUGUUUUUUGGGUGUUUGUAUAGAAUGAAAUGUAGUUUUUGAGUACAAAUGGUUAAAUAAAGACACGGUGUAAUGUAUAGUUUUUGUUGGGAUGUAGUGUGAACGACAUAAUGAAAUUUCUUUAGUCUAGUA